AUGAUGCAAGAAAAAAAAUUUUAGUUGGAGAUAGCGACAGUGAAAUGCUGCAGCUCUUAAAAUAUAUGCAAUAAAUAGCUAACUAUAUCUAAUAAUAUGAUUUAGUAUGAUGGUGAAAAAGGAUAGUAUUAUGGAAUCAUUCAGUGCUAAUAGUGUAAGCAGAAUAAUUGCUUCUUUUGGUGCGAAUGUGGACAUCACAUCAUCAGCAAAGAACACUUUUAUGAUGGAUAUUAGCAUGAGUGCACAAAUAUGAAUUGCAGAAAGAAAUUUUCUAUCGUGAAGUGUCCUGAAUGCUGGAAUUAUAAUUAUUUUGAGUAUUAAGGCUAUGAAAUGGGUAAAGUUACAAAGUGUUUACAAUGCAAUUUCUCAUUUUAAUAGGUUGCUUGCCAUAGCUGUUUUGAAGACUCCUACUUUGACGGAAAUUAUAAAUAGUGCAUCCCUUUCAAAUGCUCAAACAAAUCUUGCAUAAAAAAAGAUCAAAUAAGCUAACAUAUAAAUUGUCCAUCUUGCAAAUUUCCUAAUUUGUUUAAUUGUGUUAAACCUCUAUAAAAUGUUCUUUGUAAAGGACCAAAUUGCUCUAAAAAUUUUUUAUAUUUAAUUUGCACUAAAUGCAGUGAUCCUAUAGUCAAAGAAUUGAAAGAGGGAGAAAAUAAACUAGAAUAUGGAAAAAAUUUAGAGUGCAAAAAGUGCAAAUAAUAUAUAUGCUAUUUUAACUGUAUGGCUUGUGGUCGCUUUUCUUUAAAGAGCUCUGACAAAUUCGGAGAUUAUGGAAGGCUAGUAUGCAGUUAUUAAGACUGCAAAAAAAAGUAAAUUCUGCUAAAAUGCGAGAAAAAAGAAUGCAAAGCAAGUUUAAAUCAUAUUUUAGAUUCAUUUAAUGAUAAUGUCUUCGACCGCGACUGUGAUGGCUGUAAAAAGAAAGGUUUUUUCAUGACUUGUCCUUAUUGCUCUAGCGGAUAUUCACUAAUAGCAACUGAUUUAACAAAUUCAAAAUAUAUAGAGUGUUAGAAAUGUAAUGCCAAAGUUGAGCAUAAUAUUAAGCACAGCAUAUAAACUACUACAGUUGAAUGUAAAAUUUGUUUAGAAAAAUAAGCUACUUAUUUAGUUGAUGCAUGUAACCAUUUGUUUGGUUGUGAAGAAUGUGCUCAAACUCUUAAAAAUUAGUCCCACAGUGGAAAUGUUAAAUGUCCAAUUUGUAGAAAACAAGGUCCAUUAAGAAAGGUUUUCAUAUGA